AUGAUCAUCGGCCACGUCCUGCCCGACAAGGAGACGUCGCUGCUGGACGCCUACGAGAAGUGUCGCAGCCUGGCCGACCCCAAGGUGUGCUGCGACUACGCCUUGCACAUGGGCAUCACCUGGUGGGCGCCCAAGGUGAAGGCAGAGAUGGAGACGCUGGUGCGGGAGAAGGGGGUGAACUCCUUCCAGAUGUUCAUGACCUACAAGGACCUGUACAUGCUGCGGGACAGCGAGCUCUACCAGGUCCUGCGCGCCUGCCGCGACAUCGGCGCCAUCGCCCGCGUCCACGCCGAGAACGGAGAGCUGGUGGCCGAGGGAGCCAAGGAAGCUCUGGAUCUGGGCAUUACGGGACCAGAGGGCAUCGAGAUCAGCCGGCCUGAAGAGCUGGAAGCUGAGGCCACGCACCGUGUCAUCACCAUCGCCAACCGGACCCACUGUCCUGUGUACCUGGUGAACGUCUCCAGCAUGUCCGCGGGGGAUGUCAUCGCCGCUGCCAAGAUGCAAGGUAGGGGACACGGAUUCAGGGCGGGACAGGCCGGGAUCAUCCCGGCUCCAGACACGUCAGUCCAGCGGCCCCGCUCUCCGAUUCCAGCAGGGAAUAACCCGGGAUCCAGCAGCGCCGGGAUUCCUCAGCACCCCCCGGGUUAUUCCUGA